CGGGGUCAGGGCAGCAGGGCCCGUGGGUCAGGGGUUGGAGUUGGGGUCCGGGGUCGCAGUCAGGGCAGCGGGGUGCAUGGGCCUGCCCGGCCUGCGGGUCGUGGCCGGGGUGCUGCUGCGGCGGACAGCCUGCGGACCGUGGACCGUGCGCCCGCUCUGCUCGCCCCGCAUGCCCGGGAACGUGGAGGCGCCCGUGGGGCCCCGGCACCCGCCUGACAGGCGGGCGCGGGGCAACUGGCCAGGCGGCGUGCGGGCCUGGGAGGACUCGGAGCACCAGGCCAAGAGGCCCAGGGGCAGCGAGGAGGAGGAGCGGCGCCGGCUGCCUAAGCGCAAGAUCGUGCUGCUCCUGGCCUACGCGGGCAAGGGCUACCACGGCAUGCAGAGGAAUGUUGGGUCCUCGCAGUUCAAGACAAUUGAAGACGACUUGGUGUCCGCCCUUGUCCGCUCAGGCUGUAUCCCUGAAAACCACGGCGAAGACAUGAGGAAGAUGUCCUUCCAGCGGUGCGCCCGGACAGACAAGGGCGUGUCUGCAGCCGGCCAGGUUGUGUCCCUGAAGGUGUGGCUGAUCGACGACAUUCUAGAAAAGAUCAACAGCCACCUUCCGUCGCACAUUCGGAUUCUGGGACUGAAGCGGGUCACGGGGGGGUUCAACUCCAAGAACAAGUGUGACGCCAGGACGUACUGCUACAUGCUGCCCACCUUCGCCUUCGCCCACAAGGACCGGGACGCGCAGGACGAGACCUACCGCCUGAGCCCCGAGACGCUGCGGCAGGUCAACCGGCUGCUGGCCUGCUACAAGGGCACGCACAACUUCCACAACUUCACCUCGCAGAAGGGGCCGCGGGAGCCCAGCGCGCGGCGCUACAUCCUGGAGAUGCUCUGCGAGGAGCCCUUCGAGCGCGAGGGCCUGGAGUUCGCCAUCAUCAAGGUGAAGGGCCAGAGCUUCAUGACGCACCAGAUCCGGAAGAUGGUGGGGCUGGUGGUGGCCAUCGUGAAGGGCUACGCGCCGGAGAGCGUGCUGGAGCGCAGCUGGGGCGAGGAGAAGGUGGACGUGCCCAAGGCGCCGGGGCUGGGGCUGGUGCUGGAGCGGGUGCACUUCGAGAAGUACAACCAGCGCUUCGGCGGCGACGGGCUGCACGAACCGCUGGACUGGGCGCAGGAGGAGGGCAAGGUGGCGGCCUUCAAGGAGGAGCAUAUCUACCCCACCAUCGUCAGCACCGAGCGGCACGAGCGCUCCAUGGCCCAGUGGCUCAGCACGCUGCCCGUCCACGACUUCAGCGCCACCGCCCUGGCGGCGGCCGGCUCGGGCGCCAAGGUCUCCAGCCCCCAGGAGGGCAGUGGGGAGGACGGCAGCGGAGAGGACGGGGACACAGACUGAGGCCGUGGGAGCCGCCCGCCACAGCCUCUCGGAACCGGCCUACCGCGCGCACUCCGCGGGAGCCGCCGGGGUCACUGCAGCAGGAGUGUCACUCUCGGCCCAGAGCCGGGAUGCCUGGGCCUGUCAGCUGUGCCUGGCCUCGUAACCUCAGGGUCUCGACACCCAGAACCUUCUCAAUUUUCAUCACAGGAAUAACCUGCUUCGAAUCUAUUUUCAGCUCGUGGGUUACAUACGUGCACCUCAGCAUGUAAAGCCAAUAUUUUUUUAAAUAGGUGAUUUUCUUAUUAAAUAAAUAUAAAUUUUGCUUAGUGAAUCCUA